GCGGACGCUUGCUCGUGGAUGGAGGGGAAUACGUCUGUCACAGUUUGAUGUGAUUUUAUUUCUUUAAAUGAUGAAGGUGUCUACUUGCGUGGAGUGUUGGACAGUUCUCAGCUCACGCGUUUUUUUUUUUUUUUUUUACUAGUUAAUUAGUUAACUAAUUUCAUCGACUACGUCAUCUGUAUUUUUAGCAUUUGCUGUCUCUAUUAUUUAAAAUGGCUUUUGCAAAAUUCAGCAAGAUCCUCCGACUUCCUACGAUUGAAGUGAAGAAGAAAACCAAACAAUAUGAGCACGUUCAUCGGGAUGUAAAUCCAAACGACAUUUGGGAAAUUAUCGGGGAACUGGGCGAUGGCGCUUUCGGAAAAGUUUAUAAGGCCCAGAAUAAAGAAACCGGUGCACUAGCUGCAGCCAAAGUCAUCGAAACCAAAAGUGAAGAGGAGCUGGAGGACUACAUGGUGGAGAUCGACAUCUUAGCGUCCUGCAACCAUCAGUACAUCGUCAAACUGCUCGAUGCCUUCUUCUACGACAACAAUCUGUCGAUAAUGAUCGAGUUUUGCCCCGGAGGUGCUGUCGAUGCCACCAUGUUAGAGCUGGACAGGGGUCUUGAAGAGCCUCAGAUCCGGGUGAUCUGUAAACAAAUGCUGGAGGCUCUUCAGUAUCUCCACAGCAUGAAGAUCAUCCACAGAGACCUGAAGGCUGGAAACAUUCUCCUCACGCUGGAUGGAGACAUCAAGCUAGCGGAUUUUGGAGUUUCUGCAAAAAACACCAAAACUCUUCAACGACGAGACUCUUUUAUCGGGACGCCAUAUUGGAUGGCUCCAGAGGUGGUGAUGUGCGAGACCAUGAAGGACGCUCCAUACGACUACAAAGCCGACAUCUGGUCACUGGGCAUCACGCUGAUCGAGCUGGCUCAGAUAGAGCCGCCUCACCACGAGCUGAACCCCAUGAGGGUCCUGCUAAAAAUCGCCAAGUCUGAGCCUCCCACCCUGGAGCAGCCUGCCAAGUGGUCGAUGGAAUUUAAGGAUUUCCUGAAAAAAGCUUUGGACAGAAACCCUGAGACGAGGCCGACGACUGCUCAGCUUCUAGAAGUAAGGAAUCUCACACACAGACUUGUCAUGUGUCCAUUAGGCCUGGGCGAUAAAACGACGCCCAUCAAAGACCCGUCAGAAACCAGUGAGACCAGUUUAUAUGGGGACCAUCGCCACAAUGAAGCUCCAAUGGAGCUCGAGGAGGAGCCCAGGACCCCUGUGUCCACCGAAAGCCCUUUGAAAGAGCAGGAUGAUCUCAGCGACAGGUUUCCAGAGGAGGAUCACGACAAACCUGAGAGCGAGGCGUCAGGCAAGACCUUCAGCUCGGACUCCGGCAUCGAGGAUGGAAAAAGCACACCCACCUCCGAGGAGGACCCCAAGGCGGUCGAGAGCUCAGAACCAGAGCUGCAUUUGCUGGGAACACCAGAACCUUCAGAGUCAUCCGGAUCGUCCUCAGAAACCACGGAGCAACCCUCACAGAAACCGGAGGAGGAGGAAGCUCACGGCGCAAGGGAAAUGCCUCGCCAUGCCAUUCUGAACCGAACCGAGUCCAAAGAGCCGAGCAAUCGCAUGUCUGGGAUGAGCGACAGGUCCUCACUGGCUGGAGACGAUGUGGAAAGGUUAUCAAAACGAUACUCUGAUGUGACGAGUGAGAACAUGGACAUCAGCUUGAACCUGUCCGGUGAUAUGUCUGUCAACAAAGACUUGGGCACCAUCUCUUUAUGGGACAACAAGAAGACGCUGAAACGCACACGUAAGUUCCUGGUGGACGGUGUGGAGCUCAGCGUCACCACCUCCAAAAUGUUCACUGAUGACGAGAAGAAAGAUGAAGAAAUGAGGUUACUCAGGCGUCAGGAGCUUCGAAAUCUGCGUCUGCUGCAGAAAGAGCAGCAUCGCGCUCAGGCUUUGCUCAAUCUGAAGCUGAAAGAGCAGCGGGAGCAGAUGCAGCGCAGAUUCGACCAGGAGAUGAAUGCCAAGAAGAAAUACUACGACACCGAGCUGGAGACGCUGGAGAAACAGCAGAAGCAGAGCAUCGAGAGAAUGGAGACGGAGCACACGGUUCGACUGCGAGACGAGGGCAAACGCAUCCGCGCCGAGCAAGAGAAAGCCUACAACAAGUUCCUGGAUCAGAUGAAGCACCGCAAGAAAGAGGUCAAACAAGAAGUGGAGAAACUGCCCAGGAGUCAGAGGAAAGGAAGCAUGAAGAUCAAAAUGAACAACUUCCAGCAGAUGAAGUCAGACGAGGAAGAGAAGUUCCUGGCAGACCAGAGGGAUUUUCUGGACUCGACUCUGAAGAGCAUCAUCGCUCAGAACAAGCGGGAAAUCUCCGAGACGGAGCGCCAGUGUCUCAUCGUAAAACAGAACCUGCUCCGAGAGCGAGAGGCCACUGUGUGGGACCUGGAAGAGAAGAGCUUGCACGAGAGACACCAGCUCCUCAAACAGCAGCUGAAGGACCAGUACUUUCUGCAGAGACACCAGCUCCUCAAGAAACACGAGAAGGAGCAGGAGCAGAUGCAGUGCUACAACCAGCGUAUGAUCGAGCUCCACAAGGCCCGACAGCAGCAGGAGAAGAACAGGCUGCCCAAGAUCCAGCGCAGCGAGGCUAAAACACGCAUGGCCAUGUUCAAGAAGAGCCUGAGGAUCCACUCCAGCGGAAGCUCCGCAGAAGACCGCGAGAAGACCAAGCAGUUCUCCAGGCUGGAGGAGAAGAGGCAGAAGGCCGAGCGCUUGCACCAGCAGCAGAAACACGAGAACCAGAUGAGGGAGAGGAUCAGCGAGUGCGAGGGAAACGCCAGAGAACUGCAGCAGCUGCAGAAUGAGAAGUGUCACCUGCUGAUAGAAAACGAGACGCAGCGUCUGAAGGCUGUGGACGAGCAGCACAACCAGCAGCUGAAGGAGUGGAGGGAGCACCUCAAGCCCAGGAAGAAGGUUCUGGAGGAAGAACUGAAGCUGAGGAAGAAAGAGCAGGAGCUUUUCUUCAAGAUGAGUGAUGAUUCCCAGUGUCAGAACAUCGGCUCACCAAACAAACUCACGACGUUCCUCCCGUACAUUGAUUCGUCCACCACAUGAGCCAAGCAUGAGAAACUUAAAUCACAUCACGCUGAA